AUGAUUUACCAAGGUGGAUCUGUUCAAGCUGCAAAUUACAACAACGAUUGCGGACAUUUAUCGAACCUACCACCUUAUGUACAAGCAGCACGCAUGCAUCCAUCAGCUGUACAGGAUGUGGGAAAACGAUACAUCACUAAGGUUCAGGUGCUGGUGAGUACAACAUCCCGUAAUAAAAGUGAAAAUCUCAUCGAAUCUGAGCCACGAUCGCCUUUAGAUCACGUGGACUCGACAAUGGGGGAUUUAAAAAGUUGUCAUUGGUUCAGUGGUGACCAGGAACAGGAUCAGGAGAACGCGACUAUACCAUUGUCAAAUACGAUCUCUCCAACUCAUCGAAACCAAAUGCGACUAUCUAGAAAGCGGGGCAAUAAACCACACAGGAGUUUUCUUCCACUGCCUCGUCACUUACCAUGGAAUCAAAGAAUCGUUCGCCUUUCGUCUGGUUCAUCGCAAAACGAAGCUAGAAUGAUCAGCGCCGACGAAAAGGUAUCAGCCCGAUUGUCGUUGAAAUGUAUGAAAUCACAAGCUAUUCAAACUGGCGAUAUGACCGAGGGCAGUAGUAUCGAUCGUCUUUUACGUGACAAUGCACUGGUGAAUUAUGGAAGGCUUUUAAGUUCAAAGGGAGGCUUUGGCUACAAUAACGUUGAAAGAAAGCAGGUCAGUGAAGAGACAACCACUGUUGAAAGCACUGGCCCAGAAAAAGUACUUCAACCCUACAGGAAUUUCCGCCUUACUCCUCCCAACUACAACAGGCGAUGGCUCACACCACAGAUGAAGGCGCAAGUACAGACUGAUAAGGUGGACUUGGUGGAAAGGGCAAUUUCUCCUAUAGAUUUUGCAAAACCGGUUGAGCAGUUUGGGGAGAAGGAUGAAGAUAACCAUUUCUCAGAAAGAGUUAUGGCCAAUAUGAAUGCGAAUGUAAUGGUGGCUGAGAGGUUAUUAUGGAAGGAUGAAGAUCAGAUUACCUCUGAUAAGGUUGCGGGGAAUGCGCAUGAUGAUAUUCUAGUAGCAGCAGCUACACCUCCAUCACCGAUUCUAACAUGCACUGUAUUACAAAGUGAAAAAAUAAAACACUUUUAUGAGAAAAAAUGUGUUGAAGCACCAAGACCCACACCAAGAGAACCCCAACAACCUCCUUUGUGUCAACAGAAGUCAGUGGUAUACGCCACCAUAUUGACGAGUGACUCGUUAGAGAUGAAUAUGGACCCAUAUCGUGGCAAAAGUGUAGUAAUGGUUGAUGGUGUGACGCCGCUUCCUCACAACUAUAUCCCAUCCCCCAUUGGGCACCUUCCCACUUGCACAGUUUGCCGUAAUGCUGCAGGUGACGCAGCGCCUAAGAGUGGAAACCGGUCCAAUAAAAGACUGCCUGCCAAAAAUCCACAGUCAGGUACUGCUUCAACAACGGCUGCAACAGUACAAGCAAGCGACUGUGCUAUCCAUCAGCAAAAUCCCAGUCAUCGAGAACUGGUGUCUUCUGUGUCGUCGGGUCACAGACCUCCGUGUAAUCGCACAUCCGGAAUUUCUUCAUUCUCUUCUCCUCCUAGCUAUUCUACCUAUACGUGUUCCACGUCAUGUACAGGUCGCACUUCGGAAUCGCUAACAGUAGAGGAGACAAGAAUUUUUCAAGGUGGGGUCAUUCCGUCACGCCUCUCAUCAGAAACUGAUAUUGUAGCGAACAUUCAGGGUCUUACCGAGUCAUGUCUGCCGCAAGUAAAUGUAGUGCGAGCCACACCCGAAAGACGAUCGUCCACACCUGCUAUUCACAGCACCUCUAUCCGCAGGCCCUCAUCAGUAGAAGCGAGGGCUACUCAAACUCCAAUUGGUUCUGGCUGUGGAUCAAUUGAUUUGGAUGUUUUUGGCUACGUUCCUGACGAACAACAACGGCAAGUGGUUCAGGAGUGGUUAGUGAAUCGUGUCUCAGCCAACGUUGCGGUACACUUUGGAAGUAAACUAUCUCAAAUGCUUCAUGACUCGGCAUCAGUACAUUCAGGUGUCAACGAGGAACUAUAUGAGGAAGUGGAAACUUCAUGUGACUUACAAAAUGAUGGUGCAGUUUUACCAAGGUCACCAUUGAAAACCUAUGUUGAGAAGAGCAAGAAAUCUACAUUCGGGGUAGAUAGUCAACACAGACUUCGUCCUCAUGGAAAUGACUGCAGAAUGCUGUGCAGCUCUUCUUCACCAGUCGAACAGAGGUCCGAAAGAAAGAGACGUGUGCCGUCGAUGAAGAGGGCUGGGAAUGAUCAUCAGCGCUCAGUGAGUCCAAGAGGAUCUCGCAGUAGUCGCAGAGGUACUCGAAUACUAGCGCGAGAGGAAGAAAUAAAGCAUCUGGAACUUCCCAUUCCCACUACUCAGCACUCACAACCUUCGGUCCCACCAGCAUCGCCACCACCAGUGCGAUCCAUGCCACGCAUACGCAUUCGCUCAAAGCCGGGUGUGUCAACUUUAAAGAGAGGGGAAGUCGACAAAGGGGAAUCGAAAAUACCAACCCAUCUGGGUAUAAGUAACGAAGAAGAGCGCAUUUAUGAGAGGUUCCACCCGUAUGAACAAAUAAUUGAAAUAGCUCCUCAUGAUGAGCUGGUACACAGUCACCAAAAUGUUCACGAUAGACGGAUAAAAGCAGUGGGCAUGAAGACUGGAUGCUAUCUUAAUUUAAAGGGUCCGAUAAAGCGGCCACCUAUAGAUGGAGAUAUGCGACGAGAGCGAGAGGUAUAUGAACUGAUAAUUGGAGCCCAGAGCAAAGAAAAAGCCGAUAGGUGUAUAAAUUACUUGCGAGACACUUUUCCAAGAGCCGUACUAACGAAAAAAUGA